AUGGAAUAUUACUCUGAAACAAUUCCUAAAUGGGCAGACCCCUCAAGAAAUCUUCACCAGAAAGAUCCCCAACAUAUUGCAAAUCCACAUAUUUGGUUGCAAGGCAUGGGCACGCAUACCCACAAUAAACAAACCAAGCAAGCAAGGUCAAUCAAAUGCCAAUAUUUAGGGUUCACGCUGAAUCAAAAGGCACACAUACUGGUAGAUGUUGAGGUUGUAACAGUAGAGCAGUCAAGCAGGAAGAUCCUCACCUCACAAGAUGUUGUAUUCAACAAGGGCGGUGAAUCACGUCAACAAAUUAUCAUUGAGGAUUUUGAAAAGCCCAAAUGGAACGCCAAGCAAGUGGGUGACAAGAAAGAAUCAAAAACACAUACCAGGGAAGUCAAAAUUUCAGUCUCAAAAACAGAUGAGAAAAUCCAAAGAGACAGACCUAUGGUCAAAAUUGAUUUGGAGUCCAAAGCAUCUACUACAUUGCCUCACCAAUUGCGCGCACAGUCCCCAGAGACUUGCAAACCAACGCCUGAACCUCCUGCUCAACCUUGUUGUUUGACUCAACGCAUUUGCCUGCCAGAAUGGUACGGUGCAAGGACAAACAAACACACCAAGUACGCCUAUAUGUCAGUAAUCAACAAACCACCCAAGACGUUCAAAGAAGCAAUGGAAAGGCUGGAUUUUCACCUCUGGUUAGCUGCAAUGAUUGACAAAAUUGACUUGAUUACCAAACACAGAGUCUGGAAACAAGCAAAUUGUCCAACAGACAAGAAUGUUGUGGAAUGUCAAUGGGUUCUCACAUAUAAACGUGGACCCAAUGGCAAAAUUGUUCAAUACAAAGCCUGA